UAAACCGUUGGAAAUAGACGCGUGACCGUUAAAAUAUAUCAAAAACAUAUAUACAUAUAUACAUAUAUAUAUAUCGCGUGUACGUGUUGUGUUUUAUCGAUAUAGUUGAAUUGGAAAAGUCGUGCCGGUGAGUUUGUGGGCUUAUUUUCUUUGGAUAAGAUAUGGCGCUAACUGAUCAUACAGAUUUGAAAAUGACAAAAAUAUUCGAAGACAGCGAUGUGGACAAAAAUGCCGGAUCUCAGAUACAGAAGCUGUUUUCUGGUUCGACAGUUCUCUUAACCGGCGGCACUGGAUUCCUCGGAAAGCUGCUGGUGGAGAAGCUUUUAAGAUCAUGUCCAGAUGUGAAGAAAUUAUAUCUUCUAACGAGACCGAAGAAGAAUAAAGAUAUCUUGAAACGAUUGCAGGAGCAAUUCGAUGACGCGUUGUACGAUAAGCUAAGAAAACAGGCGCCCGAUUUCAUAGAAAAGAUUUCGAUCAUCGAAGGUGAUGUGGGACAGCUCAAUCUUGGUAUUAGCGAUGAAGAUAGAGUGAAAUUAAUGAAUGAGGUAGAAUAUAUUUUCCACGGCGCAGCUACCGUGCGAUUCGAUGAAGCACUCAAAACAGCCGUGGAGAUCAACGUUCGUGGUACGCGGGAAAUAUUGACACUUGCACGGUCUUGCACGAAGCUGCGAGCACACGUUCAUAUAUCGACCGCUUACAGUAAUUGUCCAAUACGAGAAAUUGAUGAGAAAUUCUACGAAAGUUCAUUGUCCGGCGAGAAGUUGAUUGAUCUCGUUGAGAAUAUCGAUGAGAAGACUUUAAACACCAUAACUCCUGGAUUGCUGGGUGAUUUCCCUAACACAUACGCUUAUACCAAAUCAGCAGCUGAAGACAUCGUCCAGAAGUACUCCAAGGGCCUUCCGGUUGCAUUGUUCCGACCAUCUAUUGUUAUAGCAACAGCCGACGAACCAGUUUCCGGAUGGAUAGACAAUGUAUAUGGACCUACAGGUGUGGUCGUGGGUGCCGCGGUGGGUCUUCUUCAUGUUUUGAACUGCAGCCCUAAGGCACUGGCCGAUCUGGUCCCAGGGGACUUGGUCGUGAAUGGCUGCAUUGCCACUGCUUGGAAGACUGCCAAGGAUUACCCUGGAAACCACGAGGAAGCACCAAUGGACCAGUUACCUACUGUAUACAAUUAUGUCUCGUCAGUAGAACGACCCUUGACAUGGGAAUUAUUCAUGAAGCACACAGAAAUUUCUGGUCUCCAAGUGCCGUCAAUGCAAGCUGUGUGGACUUAUCUAUUCUGGCUGACACCUUCGAAGUUUCUUUAUAAUUUAUACUGCUUCUUCCUCCACUGGAUACCAGCUUAUAUUGUGGACGCUAUCGCUAUUAUGAUUGGGAAGAAACCUAUGUUAAGGAAAGCCUAUAAGAAAAUCGAAAAGUUCUCUGCUGUCAUCGGGUAUUUCGCCUUACGGGAAUGGAAAUUUAAUAACGAUAACACACAAAAUUUGUUCAAAGAACUAUGCGACGCUGACAAACACAUAUUCAACUUCAACAUGCGCACUUUGAACUGGGAGACAUAUUUCAAAUCAUAUGUCAGAGGUAUCAGGCUUUACCUCUUAAAGGAUCCUCUGGAUACCCUCGCUCAGAGCAGAAAGAAACAUUUGAAGCUGAAAAUCAUUCAUUAUAUCUGUCUUUCUCUCAUUUGUUUGGCGCUAUUGAGACUGUGUUGGUUUCUCGCUAGACUUAUUAUAGGUUGACAAUUAUGUUGCUAAGCAUUAAAUAUAUUAGUAUGUGUUGUGAUUAUUGUAUAAUUUAGACAAGUGUUAAUGACCUUCAUGGGUUUUAGACUGGUUUAUUGGUGGAUAAGAGUUAUGAUUUUAAAACUAGUAAAUAUUUAUAGAUUUAAGGACGCCAUAUUUUAAACAUGGAACUUUGUAUACUGAAUAAUUGGAAUAUCUUAUAUUGGAAUGUAUUCUUGUAAAUGUUCUCCUAAAGACUUUAUUUAAUAUAUCUACGUAUAGCUUUAUUUAUAUUGUAUAUAUAAUAAAGGGCUCGAUUUCUUGUCAUAGUAUAAAGUUUUUUAUAAUGAAAAUAAUGUAUGCAAUGUGAUGUUUAGGUAUUAAAUUGAUUAUGCUCAAAUCUGUAGAC